GAGUCUAAUGUUAUGGCAGAAGAGUUCACAAUCUCUUUCUCUCUCUCUAAAGUCUAAACCAAACCCAAAAAAAUCUUUACAUCUCUAUCUUUUAACAAUCUUUCUCCUUUCGUUAAUCUCGUGAUCUUCUUUAUUCUAUUUAUGGACAUAGGAUGGUCUGGUCUCACUCUUGAUUCAUCUUCUCUCGAUCUCGUAAACCCUAAACGUUUCAAAAGUAAUAAUACUCAUCGCCGCUUCUCGACUCCGUUGACGAUGUCUACAACUGGAGAUGACGUUGACGAUAACAAGACCAACAUAUCCAACGCCGCCUCUGUCCGUGACCGUCAAGAUAAUGAUCUAUCGAGUGGAGUCGCCGGUGAAAACGAUCGUGCAGUUCCCGGCGAAGUUGAUUUUUUCUCCGACGAGAAAUCUAGGGUUUGUCGUGACAACGUAGAGGACGCUGGAUUUCGUGUUAAAAAGGAGGUACAAGAUGAUCGAACGGACGUAAAUACCGGUUUGAAUCUUCGAAUCAGGAGUGAUCAAUCAGUGACCGACGACGAAGAAUCUUACGAAAUGGAAAAUAAGCGUGCAAAAAAUGAGUCAAUUAAGUUACAAGAUGAGCUAAAGAAAGUGACCAUAGAGAACCAAAAGCUAAGAGAAUUGCUUACACAAGCGAGCAAUAGUUACACUUCACUUCAGAUUCAUAUUGUUUCAUUAAUGCAACAGCAGCAAAAACAACAGAACAAGGCAAUAGAGGCUACUGAAAAUCAUGACGAGACUAUAGUACCAAGGCAGUUCCUCGAUCUAGUCCCUUCCAGAGCACCUGGCGAGGCUGAGGUUGUGUCAAAUUCUUCAACGGAAGAUAGAACUCGUUCAGGCGGUUCUUCUGCGGCCGAGAGGCGUAAUAACGAGGUUAGGGACGGAAAGAGACUUGGACGUGAAGAAAGCCCCGAAACCGAGUCUAACAAACUUCAGAAAGUAAAUAAUAGUAGCCCAACCACGUUUGAUCAACCCGCAGAAGCUAUCAUGAGGAAAGCCCGUGUCUCUGUUCGUGCCAGCUCGGAAGCUCCUAUGAUAAGGGAUGGAUGUCAAUGGAGAAAGUAUGGCCAGAAGAUGGCAAAAGGAAAUCCUUUUCCACGGGCUUAUUACCGUUGUACGAUGGCCACUGGAUGCCCCGUUCGCAAACAAGUUCAACGUUCUGCGGAAGACAUAUCGAUCCUGAUAACGACCUACGAGGGAAACCACAACCAUCCAUUGCCGCCAGCAGCAGUGGCGAUGGCUUCCACAACCACGGCCGCGGCUAACAUGUUACUAUCCGGGUCAAUGUCUAGUCACGAUGGGAUGAUGAACCCUACCAAUUUACUAGCUAGGGCUGUUCUUCCUUGCUCAACUAACAUGGCCACAAUCUCAGCCUCCGCUCCGUUCCCUACCGUCACCUUAGACCUCACCCACUCACCUCCACCUCCUAAUGGUUCCAACUCCUCCCCUUCGACAGCGGCCGCUAACAACAACAACCACCACAACUCAUUGAUGUACCCGCCGCAGCAACAACAAAUGACGAAUAUACCCCCGGGUAUGUUACCUCAUGUAAUAGGUCAGGCAUUGUAUAACCAAUCCAAGUUCUCGGGGUUGCAGUUUUCCGGUGGUUCUCCAUCAGCUGCCCUUUCGCAGCCGCACGCUGUGGCUAAUUCAAUACCAGCACUCACCACUCAUCCGAAUUUCACGGCAGCUCUUGCAGCCGUUAUUACUUCUAUGAUCAAUGGUUCGAACCACCAUGACGGCGAAAGAAACAACAAAAAUCAUUAGAGAACUAUCACAUACAAUUUGUUUGUUUUUUAUAGUCUUCAUUUUUUUCAAACUGGAUUAAUAGGAAACAUAGUUUAUUUCAUAUUUCUUCUGA